CUUUCCCAUUCCCAGCUGAAAAAGGGAUCCCAAAAAAACUUAAAAGAAAGAUCAGAGGAACGUUGUCUUUGAGAUAAACCUCAAGUCUUAGCUCACUCCAAUGGCGUCUCCUUGUCCGAGUUUCAAUCCUGUUCUCGUUACUUCUCACAAAUUCCCAGAGAUGACUUACACUUAUUCUGAGAGGGAUGCAGUCAUCUAUGCCUUGGGUGUUGGAGCUUGUCAACGGGAUCCUGUCGAUGAAGACGAGCUUAAUUAUGUUUACCAUAAAAACGGACAGCAGUUUGUACAGGUAUUGCCGACAUUUGCUACUGUAUAUUCGUUUAGGUCGCUUCCAAUAGACCAUCUUGUACCAGGACUGGAAUAUGAUCCUCGUCUUGUGCUAUAUGGACAACAUUACAUAGAAUUAUACAAACCGCUUCCUUCAUGCGGUCGUAUACAAAAUAAGGUAUCUCUUGCUGGAUUGCAUGACAAAGGUAAAGCUGCUAUUGUUGAGCAUGAAACUAAAAGUUACAACGAGUCUGGAGAGCUGUUAUGCUUGAACCGGUCGACUCUCUAUCUUCGAGGUGCUGGUGGCUUCUCAAGUUCAUCUCGCGCAUUUUCCUACUCAAAUUAUCCAGCCAACCAGGUUUCAGUAAAAAUUCCGAAAAGUCCACCUUUUGCUGUGUUUGAAGAGUGUACACAACUAUCCCAGCCAUUGCUCUACAGGCUAUCUGGUGACUACAAUGCUCUACAUUCAGAUCCUGUGGUUGCGAAAAAUGCAGGGUUCACGCGGCCGAUAAUGCAUGGAUUGUGCACGCUUGGUUUCGCAGUUAGGGCAAUCAUCAAGUGCAUCUGCAAGGGAGACCCAAACUUAGUCAAGAGCUUAGUUGGGCGAUUCCUUUUGCAUGCGUACCCUGGGGAAACUUUGGUUACUGAAAUGUGGCUUCAAGACAAGAGGGUCAUUUAUCAAUCUAAGGAGAAAGAACGCAAUUGCACUGUGUUGUCUGGCUUUGUGGAUCUUCAUGGUCUAACUUCGCCUCUAUAGAGAGUGUAAGUCCAGUUGGCACACUAGGAUUGGUGUCAAGGGUUGACUAGAUGGAAUUAGAUAAAAAAAAGUUCGUUACUCAGGGGUAGUUCUGUCUUUGUAAGACGUAAAUGUAACGGUUUCGAUUUUCUGUUGAAACAGAUUAAAUAACUUUAGUUAGUAGGGGGUUUUUUUUUUUUUUUUUUUUUUUUUUUUCUCUUUCAGAGAGAGAAAAACUGGUCUGAGUGUGAAAGAGGAGAAAGAGUUUAGAGGGUGUACUCGAUGAGAGAAUUGUGUUCUUGGUGUUCUAAUUCCAUUGAUUCAAUAAAGUCUUUGAGGU